GCAUUUUUGGGAUGUUUCCAGAAACAGUGGUGUGACUUUGGAACUUCUACUUUGAAUUUAUUAGAAAAUUUUGAGAAUCUCAUCACUUAUCAUCAAACUUUAACUGAUUUUGCUGUAUUGGUCUCUGAACAACUGCACAAAAUAGUAUUUUUUCAGCUAACUUGUGUCUCUGGCAGCAAUGAUUUUGUUGUGCAUCCUUAUCCUGCUGGCUAUGUGCGGGCCUGCAUAUGGCAUCUGUGGACAAACCUGUGGGCUCCGGCCCAUGGGUACUGCCCUCGGCUCAUCACGCGUUGUGGGUGGCACAGAUGUCGCACCAGGCUCUGGAGCCUGGGCUGGGAUUGCCAGUAUCCGUUGCUUCUGGGACCCACCAGUAUCUGUGCAUGUCUGUGGAGGGACCCUCAUCAGCUCAAAGUGGCUCCUGACAGCUGCCCACUGCUUCAUCAACAUCACAAAUCCCAUCAGCCAGUGGGCCAUCGUGCUUGGGGCCACCUCGUUGGGCCAGACAGGCCCUGAUGUGGUAGUGCGCCGGAUUAAGCGGCUGAUCAUGCAUGAAAAUUAUGUUCCUCAACUUGCGUAUAACGACAUCGCCUUGCUGGAAUUGGACCGGCCAGUCCCAUGCAGCUCCUCCAUUCAGACCGCCUGCCUGCCUGGUCCUGGAGUGAAAGUGUCUGAGCUGAAAAACUGUUAUGUUGCUGGCUGGGGUGACAGAAUUGUAAAAUCUUCAGGUAGAGAUAUCCUGCAGCAGGCCAAGGUGCAAGUCGUGGAUAACAAGCUCUGCAACAGUAGUGAGUGGCUGCAUGGGUACAUCUACGACUUCCACGUGUGUGCUGGGCAGGGCGGCGUUGGUACCUGCCAGGGUGACAGUGGGGGGCCGCUUGUCUGCCAAGAUAAGCAUGCUGACUUCUUCUGGCAAAUUGGUGUGUCCAGCUGGGGAGUAGGCUGUGCUAGACCUAAACGGCCUGCAGUGUCCAGUGCCACUCAGUACUACUACAACUGGAUCCAGACCACGAUUGGAACAAGGCCAGCACCAACAGUUACUCCAACCCCCCUGCAGACGCCAGAACCAACAAAACCCUGUCCAUUUCCACGUGAAAAGCUGCGGCAAUUCUUUAAUCUGCUGAAGGAGAUCUUGCUGUUCCUAAAGGAAAAAAUGUUUUGAACUGCAGAAUGGACCAGCUGCAGUUCAGGGUAUUGUGGACCACAACCCUUUCCUUCUGCGUUAUAUUAAUUUGAAUUUCAUUAAACUGAAUUAAAUUUUAAAUUGUAAGGGAAAAAAAAAAAAAAAGAGAAGCCUGUAUUUUCUGCUCUGAGAAUACUCUGCAUCCAAAUUCCAGAAAUUCCUGCUAGCUUGGUCAUUGCCCAGGCAGCCCUAAACUCAGGGAUCCCUCCACCCUCAUCUAAGAAGAAUUUGGCUUCACACACCCUGCUGCACAAAUCAAUGCCUUCCCUACAGAUAUACUGAUACAGAUACAUCUACAGCAGAAAAAUAGCAUCUGGCACCUGAAGUCUGCAACAAGUGCAAGAAACCCAACACUAGGAAAACAAGAGAAAGGGGGGAAAAAAAGGCGCAGAUAUUGCCCUGACAUUAAGAAUGUGAAGCCCUUCACUGUCCUCUGUGCCCUAAGGAUGAUUUUUGUCCUUAUCAAAUGGUCACUAGGUUUUUUCACUAAUGUAGAAACCUAAGCAGUGAAGAGUUAAUGCAUUGCUAUACCCUAAACACCAACAACCAUCAGGCAGGCCAGUUAUAGUAGGAUGUGCCUGGAAAGGGGAGCCGUAUGAAGGUAAGGCAGCACCAUUCUGGAGCUGAAUUUCCUGCUGCAGUCCAUGAUGACCACACAACAUAAAGGACAGCUUAAGUGCAGGAAUGGGGUCAAGGAGCAAGCAAGACCAAUAGAGUGAGAAUCAAGUCCACCAAAAACCCAAAAAGCCCCCCAGCCCAUUUUCAGAAAGGUCCAGAAUACUGGGCUGCACAUGCUCACUUGUAUGAAGAGUGAGAAACCUAAUCCCUGAACUGGGAAAACUGUUCAAAACUGACUCCCAAUCUAUACUAAUUCUUUUACUAGCUUUAAUAUAGGUGCAAUAAUAUUGUGUACAGUUUUAUGUCAUCUAUUAGAUGACCUGUUUGGUUUAUAUCACGUAGUAACUAACUGAUUAAGACCUUGUUUCAGUUAUCUGCUGUCUGCUCAAUAAAUGACUCAUUUUAUAAAUAGACCUGAUCUGCCAUCCUUAGAACUUGCAGACCAGAGUGAUUUUAGGUGUGGGCCACCUAAAUUUAAGCUGUUGUCAAAAAUCUGAGUUUAAGACAGGGCUUGCCUGAAGCUACCACUUGAUCUGUGACAAUGGGGAGGUCAUGGUCCAGAUGCUGCAGCCUCUCCUGGAGGAAUAUACAGAACAGCUGGUUGCUGCCACUGUCAAUUUCAUUGUGGGCCAAUGCAGUGAGGAGGCCCAGAGGCUGCUGCUCUCCCAUGCUGCUGGGAAGGAGGACAACAGC